ACAAUUCCGACAUUUUCUAAUUUUGACAAGGAAGAAGAAGAACACGCGGUGGUCCUUCAUUUGAGCUUCUUCUUCUCUCUCUCCCUCUCGUCGGUUGAAUUUCGCUUCCGUCAUCAAAAAAAUGAACAAGUUAGGCAAAGAACAGCGCGAGAAGCUCCAACAGUUCACCGAAAUCACCGGCACAAGUGAGAAAGCUGGACGUCAGGCUUUGAAAGCAACUGAUUGGCAUGUUGAAAGAGCAAUUGAUGCAUUCUACAGUCAACCUCAGCUUCAAGUCAAAUCAUCUCUUGAUUCAAGACUUAUUGAGGCACUAUACUCUCGAUAUAAAGAUCCAUAUGAGGAUAUGAUUAUGGCUGAUGGUGUUAGUAACUUCUGCAAUGACCUAAGGGUAGACCCUCAAGAUAUUGUCAUGUUGGUUGUCUCGUGGCACAUGAAGGCUGCUACCAUGUGUGAAUUUUCCAAGCAGGAGUUUGUUGGUGGCCUGCAAUCUCUUGGAAUUGAUUCAUUGGAGAAGUUUCGUGAGCGAUUGCCAGUUAUACGUUCUGAGAUUAAGGAUAAUGCAAAGUUUAAGGAGAUCUAUAUCUUUGCAUUUGGAUGGGCAAAGGAGAAGGGUCAGAAGUCCUUGACAUUGGAUACGGCUAUAGGGAUGUGGCGAUUGCUGUUUGCUGAAAAACAGUGGCCAUUGGUUGAACAUUGGUGCCAAUUCUUGCAGAAGGAGCAUAAUAAAGCAAUUUCCCAGGACACUUGGGCCCAACUUCUGGAGUUUGCAACCAAUGUGGUUCCUGGACUUGCAAAUUAUGAUCCUGAAGGUGCGUGGCCAUAUCUAAUUGAUGAGUUUGUGGAGUUCUUAACUGAGAAAGCUGUAAUUCAAAAGGACGCGGGGAAGAAGUUGUAAUUGCUGAAGGAAAUCAAGCUAACAGCGUAUGGGGUAAAGAUAUAUAAAAAAAAAAAGAAAAAAAAAAGACUAGAUCUUGAAGUUUGGGCUAAUCUAUUCAUGAAAUUUUUGUGCAAGAGUACUUGAAAGUAGAUUGGUGUCAGGAAUUAUAUUCCUAAUACGAUUCGUUAUGUAGAAGUA